GUUUUUGUGUCAAAAGUUGUAAACUGUGUCUUAAAGAUUAUUUUUUUAAUAAAACAGCAAAGUCUGUUUUAUUUUAGUAUCGCCAAGAUUACAUAACUUACGAAUGGUAAAAUUGGACAAGAAAUAACAUGAAUGUUAUCAUAUAAAUUCAAUUUAAAUUAUCGAAUGCUUUUCUAACCUACACAGUAACAAUAUAAUUGGUAAAAUGUUGUACUUCAAGCAUUUCUGUCGCGUUUAUCGCAGAAAUAUAACACAAACAUGCGUACGAUUAUAUAGUAGAAAUAUAUUGAAAUUGAAAGAUCGAGGAAUGUAUCAAGAUAUAUUUCCAAAUACAGCAGCAUCAGACAUUCUAAACCUGUUGAAUAGCUCCCCACAAUGUGUCUACGCUGGGUUUGACCCUACAGCUGACAGUCUUCAUGUUGGAAAUCUCUUAGUCAUUAUUAACUUAUUACAUUGGCAAAGGGGCGGUCAUGAUGUUAUUGCAUUGCUUGGUGGUGCAACAGGACAUAUAGGUGAUCCAAGUGGAAAAAGUACAGACCGUGUAGCUUUAUCAAGUAACAUAAUAGCUGAAAAUAUUGCUUGCAUAAAAAGUAACCUAGAAACAGUAUUUGAAAACCACAAGAAAUAUAUUUGGUCAGAAGAUGAAGACAAAUUAAAACCUAUAAGGAUCGUGAAUAAUGAAACUUGGUACAAAGAGAUCAAUUCAAUACAGUUUGUAAGCGAUAUUGGUCGUAACUUUAGAAUGGGAACAAUGUUGUUAAAGCAAAGUGUUAAGAACAGGAUUAACUCUGAAGUGGGAAUGAGUUUCACUGAAUUUGCAUAUCAAAUAUUUCAGUCCUAUGAUUGGUUAUAUUUAUUAAAAGAAUAUAAUUGUAGAUUUCAGGUUGGUGGAAGUGAUCAAAUGGGUAACAUCUCAGCUGGACAUGAGCUAAUUAGUAGAAUGAUGAAACAAGAUGUUUAUGGUUUGACACUGCCAUUAGUGACAACAGAGGAAGGUGAUAAAUUUGGCAAAUCAGCUGGAAAUGCCCUAUGGUUGGAUGGGAAAAAAACUAGUCCAUACAGUUUGUACCAAUAUUUCAUCAGGACUAAGGACUCAGAUGUGGAACGGUUACUGAAGCUCUUCACUUUCUACAGUAUGGGAGAGAUCAAAGAUAUUAUGUUUAAGCAUAAACAUCAUCCGGAACAAAGAUAUCCACAGAUGUGCUUAGCUGAUCAACUUACUACUUUGGUGCAUGGAGAGGAAGGUCUAACACGAGCUCGACAAGCCACCAAUGCAAUAUACAGUAAGGAUGUAAAAUCUCUAGUGUCACUAAGCGCAUCGGAUUUAGAACAAGUGUUUGAUAGUGCACCCGUCACAAAACUACUCCUGUCGCCCGGCAUCACUGUGCUUAAGUUAGGAAUGAUGGCCAACUGUUUCCCUACAGAAGGUGAUGCUAUGAGGAUAAUUGAAGCAGGUGGCUUCUAUAUAAAUCAUCAAAGAAUAAAAAAUAUCAAUGAAGUUAUCACGGAAUCUGCACACAUUCUACCAAAUUUAAUAUCAUUACUCCGAGUUGGGAAACGGAAUUAUUACAUAGUGAAGUGGCAAACAUAAAAUAAAUGUAUGUAUAUAAAAAUUAAAUAAAAAACAUGAAUUAUCGGAAUAUAAUCGUUAUAAUUACUUACAACAGAAGCUUGUAUACUUGCAGUAUAUAAUAAAAUGCGUAUCACAUAAACGUCGUAAAUACUACAUAACAUAGUUUAGCCUAGAGUUAUAGUCACUGUAAUAGCGCUGCUAAAAUAAUUAACUAAUGCACUGUCAAGUUAUAAAAUAUCAUAAAAAUAUGGCUACACAUAAUACAACUCGUUACGUUUUGUGCAUCGCCCCAUCAUGGACUCCGGACUGUCAAUUCUUCCCUAAUAUCACAAGGCAGUAUCGUAACAACUCAAGUACAAUACCCCAUGGACUGAUGUCACUCAGUACAAUACAAAAGCUUUGCUGUGACAUCACUUAUAUAUUGAAAUAAUGAUGCGUGUACUUAUAAAUAUAAGAUUAAAAAAAUAUUUGACCCAUACUAUGCACUAUUGAUUUCUAUUUGCACUAGUAAUACUCGAUUAUCAGCCGAUUCCUAUGAUUUAUUUCUAAAUAGAGGGCAUCAGUCUGCGAUUUUUUAAAUCGUUCAUCUUAAUUUUAGCGGCAAAGCAUUUUGCGACCGUUUUUAAUUUUAUAUUUCUACCAAUACUGCAUUCAAAGAUUUAAAUACAUAUACAAGGACACUUUACUUAUACAAUAUAUAGAAAUAAAGUGUAAAAUGCAGAGAAUAUAUUACGAGUACCCAGCCUCGUUACUUUAAUAUUUCAAUGAAAUUGCCGAAAAACCUCUAAAUUAUUAUUUUUAAAUAUUAAUAAGUGAAGAUAAUUUUGCUGUCACAUGGACUAUGGUAAAUGCAUCGUCAUUAUGCUUGAUAACACGAAUAGAUGUCAAAUAUUACUCAAACAAUAAAGGUACAAGUUAUAAUG